AUGGAUUUAGCGGUAUUGAAGCAGGAGGCUGCAGACCUGGGGUUGACUGAUCCCCGUGAUAUUGCUAAGUAUGUGCAGGACCAGCAUCGAGACUUGCGGGCGGAGCGCAGAGAGCGGGAAGAUCGCGAACGCGAGUUUGCGGCCGCCGAAGCGAUACGGGAGCACGAAAUUCGGAUGGCAGAGCUAAAUUUUAAGCAUAAGAUAGAAGUCCUUAAAGCUACGCCGCCCACGCCCGUGGCUCCUCCCAAAACGAAGUUGCCGAUGUUUCCUGACGACGCAGACCAGGUCGAAGCUUAUUUCCUCGUAUUCGAAAGGGUCGCAGCCGAUCACGGGUGGGACGAGAAGACGAUGUUUCUGCAGCUCGUCACCCGCCUCCAGGGCCACAGCCUGGAUGUUUAUCACCGCACCGAAAUCGAAGGUAAUUUGACGUACAGCGAAUUAAAGGAAGCUCUGCUGAGUGCUUACGCUAUAAGCCUCGAGCAGGCCCGUUGCAGGUUCCAGGAAGCUCACCUUGACGAGCGGGAGACCUGCAAGCUUUUCAUCAUUCGUCUCUCUCAUCUCUUUAAGACUUGGCAUCGAAGGAGUAAUUUACCUGACACCAAGGAAGGUAUCCUGGAGCUCAUUCUGGUUACGCAACUACUCGCUUCGCUGCCCAAGGGAUUGCGAGCUCAGCUGAGAAUGAACAAAGUUACUAGCCUGGCGGAGACCGCGGACAUAGCGGAUGGCUGGUUCUCUGCUUAUGGCUACAACUAUAGGGUGAAGAAAGAGGGCGAACGAAAGCAAGAGUCAAAGAAACCUGCUCUGAGAAGCGUCGGUGAUCGCAGGGAGUCAAAAUCUCCUGAAACUGCAAAAGCACAGCCGGGAGAACACAAGCACCAGCCUUUCAAUAUGCCACGGAAAGGGGGUGAAAAGAAGCCGUUCUACCAGUCCGGUCACUUGGCUACCGUGAACAGUGUCCCGGAAAAGGAGGAGCCCCAGGUACAUCUGUCUGGCCUGGCACUUGGCCACCAUGUACUCUGUGCAUGCUCUCCUCUUCCCUUGCCUUCAGCAGCCAGCAAGAGAUUGUCUACUGCAGAGGGCCUAGUCCAGGGUCGCAGAGCAAUUAUCAUGCGAGACUCUGGCUCCACAGGAUGUGUAGUUAAAAAAAGGUAUGUAAAAAGAAAGGAUUAUACUGGCAAAACCGUUCGUGUUACAAUGAUUGAUGGUUCACAAAUAGUUGUCCGUGAGGCAAAGGUUUUCUGCCAGUCCCCUUAUUUUACAGGCACUGUGACUGCUGCUGUUAUGGAUAACCCCGCCUUCGAUUUUGUCCUGGGCAACGUGCCUGGAGCUGGCCUGGUCCCGGCGAAAGAGGUCCAGACGCAGACCCAGGUGGAAGGAGGCAAGGACGCGAUGACACAAACUGCAGAGGAGAGUGAACCUACUGCACAAGAUGUCCCCCUUAUGUCAGAAUCCCCUGGUGUUCGCGAUGGACCAACCAUAUCUGCAGACAUUAUGGAUCAGACCAGUGCUGCUGUCACUACGAGAGCUGCUGCACGUCGCUCUGAGAUCAGUACACGACUGGCAAAUCCACAAGGUCUGGAGGCACUACUAAAAGGCGAGGAUAUAGCUGAGCAGCAGAAAAAUGAUGCCACCCUCUCCAAACUACGUGAAUAUGCUGAGCAACGUCAUGUUCGCCUCUACAAGGGAAUAAAGAUGGACUUUAUAUGGCAGAACAACAGACUUUACCGACGAACUACCUUGCCUCAGGGUGAGGUGAAGCUGCAGUUCGUUGUUCCAGCUGGAUGUCGCCAACAAGUCUUCAAGUUGGGGCACCACUCGCUCCUCGGAGGUCACAUGGGGGCAGCCAAAACUCUCGCCCGAAUACAAUCCACCAUGUUCUGGCCUGGAAUGGGAGCUGAAAUCUUAAGACUCGGCCGUUCCUGUGACAUAUUCGUUGAUUUUGCAACAAGAUGGCCAGAAGCUGUUGCCCUGAAGAACAUAGAAGCUGCCACGGUUGCAGAAGCUCUCUUCGAUAUGUUCUGCAGAAUCGGCAUACCCAAGGAAGUACUGAGCGACAGAGGUACACAGUUUACAUCAGGCAUGAUGGAAGAGACCUGGAAGCUCCUUUCAGUAAAGGGCAUGAGAACUACACCAUACCACCCACAAGGAAAUGGUCUUUGUGAGCGAUUUAAUGGCACACUAAAGAAGAUGCUAAAACGUAUGGCUGCAGACCAGCCGCGGGAAUGGCCUCGUCUCUUGGCACCGCUGCUGUUUGCCUACAGAGAAGCCCCGCAAAGUUCCUUAAGAUUCUCCCCAUUUGAGUUGGUGUACGGUAGACCAGUAAGAGGCCCUUUGCAAGUUCUGAGGGAGCUGUGGGACAACACUGAGGAUGACCCAGUAAUCACCUCCUCUUAUCAGUAUGUUCUGGAUCUGAGUGAACGCUUGCAUUCUACGUGCGAACUCGCAAAAGAGGAGCUUUUGAAAAGCCAGGUCACUCAGAAGUCUUAUUAUGACAGGAAAGCCAAGUUUCGUACUCUUGAUGAAGGAGAUCAGUGCUUGAUAUUGCUACCUACGAGCACAAACAAGCUCCUAGCACAGUGGAGUGGACCUUAUACUAUUCUCAAACGAGUUUCAGACGUUAAUUACAUCGUAGGAAUCGGCCACGAGAAGAAACGUUUCCACAUAAACAUGAUAAAGAAAUAUUAUCCAAGGUCCUCCCCUGUACCUCAGUCUAGCCAUGCAACUCGUCAACAAGAAAAGAGUGACAAUCGACGUUCAGUCAAUGUUCGACGACGCUGCUCUUCUGAGAAAGGUGUUGAUAACUCGAAAAGGUUUGGUUGUACGGCAACCGUAAUACCUGAAGACUCUGGUUUCUGCCAGCCCUUGACUCCUGAGGCUGAUUCGAGGGAAGGACCAGAGAGUAUUAUCAUAAACCCGAAGCUAGAGGACCACCAUAAGGCAGACCUCCAUGAGAUCAUUCAGAAGUACCCUGAAAUCUUCUCUGACCAACCCCGAGUUGCCAAGGUGGAAGAACAUCGAAUCGUCCUUCGUAAUAAAGAGCCAGUGCGCACAAAGCCAUAUCCCAUACCUCUGCGAUAUGUAGACUUGGUGAUCAAAGAGAUAAAGAAACUGGAAGCUAUGGGCAUUAUUGAACCGUCCAAGAGUUCGUAUUGUUCACCCAUAGUUGUGGUUAAGAAGAAAGGAGGAGACAUCAGGAUCUGCGGGGAUUACCGUCGCGUUAACGCAGCUACUCAUUUCGAGGCGGAACCAAUGUCUGAUCAACGCAUUAUCUUCUCACGUUUAUCUGCCUCUAAAUAUUUUACAAAACUGGACCUGACAAAAGGAUUCUUCCAGAUUCCUUUGCAUCCAGAGAGCAGGAAGAUAACAGCCUUCAAAACCCCCUGUGGACUGUAUCAAUACAAGGUGCUACCCUUUGGAUUAACGAACUCCCCCUCAGUCUUCAAUCGGUGCAUGCGUCAAGUACUUGGAGAUAUUUCGGGAGUAGAAAUUUUUAUGGAUGACGUACUCGUACAUACAUCGACUUUGGCUGAGCACCAGAAGCUUCUCGACGUAGUUUUCAGUAAAUUAUCUCUGCAUCGAAUGACCCUAAAGCCCAGCAAGUGUGAGAUAGCCUUCACACGGACACACUUCCUUGGCCACACCGUUGGAGAUGGCAAAUGCGAGUGUCAGCAGGAGAAACUACACAAGAUUCGCAUGGCACCGCGACCCGUAAAUCAACACCAGCUUCGUUCUUUCCUCGGCCUCGUUGGGUAUUAUCGGAGCUUCAUCAAAAACUUUACGCAGAUUGCUCUUCCACUUUUCAACCUCCUGAAGAAAGACUGCAGCAUCAAGCUGGUGUGGGGUGCAGAGCAGGAGAAAUCCUUCACUACACUAAAGGAAACCUUGUGCUCUGAACCUAUUCUCCGACUUCCAUCCAAAGAUAAACCCUUUACUUUGCGGACGGAUGCAUCGGGAGAAGGUGUUGGAGCAAUCCUUCUGCAAGAGUUUGAUGGCAUAUUGUUCCCCGUAGCUUACCACAGCCGUAGACUCUCCAAAGCCGAAUGCAAUUAUUCGACAGUUGAACGAGAGCUGUUAGCGCGAUCUAAGACCGCCAACGCGCGCUUGAUGCGCUGGGCGCUCUACCUUCAACAAUUUGAGUUCAAUAUCCGCUACAUAAGAGGAACUGAGAACGUAGGAGCUGAUCUACUCUCAAGGUUGGUCAGCGGAAGCAGCAGUGACCUUGAGGACAGCCGAGCUGAAAUGUCUCGCAACCCAGGACCUCAACUACAAUAUCAUGAAGCGGAGGUGGAGCAUCGACUGCAGAAGAAUCCUCAUCCCUAA